CGAGUUUUCACCCCAGUUCAACCCAUUCAACGCACAUGAUUGGUCUCUGCUGCACACCAAUGAGCGACUCAAAAUGCCUAGCAAAUUUCAGGGGAAUGGUUUUCACGAGGCUCUGUCGUGGGUUGGUCCUUACCUACCUUAGACAACAAUGGAAUUGAGCGUCAAAAUGGACAGGAAAUGUCUUGAUAUUCCCUCGAUAUCAAGUGCAUUCCAACAAUUACCGUGACAGGCGACUACGACUGCCCACCAUGAAACCUCAGACACCGGUAUUCAACAUGAAGGUCGACAACUCGAACAUGGAAUCUGAAGCUGCAUCACCCUCUGCCAAGACUCUUUCUCCAAGCAUUCAUCAAGCCUCUAGUCUCGCUUCCUCGGGGUACCACACCAGACAGUCGCCGCAUACGUCUGCAAACGAUGGCUCCAGAGACCAGAGCGAUCUUGCAACAGAAUACUCUGACACCGAGUCCAGCUCAGGCAGCAGUCUCGUAUCAUCAGAAGAAGAACACCUCCAGGAUAGAUCUAGGCGUCCUGUUGAACUUGGAGUUGGACUCGAUACACUAGUCACCAGUGAGCUGGAUCGGAAGGGUAUCAUCGACGAGUCAGACUCUGAGUUGUGGAAGGUGGAAGAGCGGACACCUUCAAGCGGCCGGAAAUCACCCAGAGUCAACUACACAGCUCGUGCACCAUUCCGGGGGGACGGUGGCGUACCAAUAGUAGAUCUACACCACAAACCGGCCCAUGAAGUCGAACCGAGCGAGAUCACAGAUCUUGGUAACGGCCAAUACAUGCGCGAUCCAGAUAGGAAAUCUCGGUUUCUCCAGCGGCGAAAAAGUCGCAACCAUACCAAAGACAGGAAGUCGCUCCAAACACAACUUUUUCAGUCUCUCCACCCGCUUGAUGACGAAGAGAAAGAGAAAGGGUUCAUACCUAUUGAUCUGUUACCUCUGCUCAUCACCGAAGAAUCUGUCUACAAGGAACUAUCAGGUCCCCUCCGAGAGACCCAUGAUGAGAAAACCAUCCGGAGAUACGCGCGCAAGAUUUGUGCCGAGACAACCGAGAAUUCUAUAGAGGGCGACAAGCCCAAAACAAAGACCAUAACGUUUCGUAAAAUCUUUGCGAUCCUGGUCCUUGUCGAGAAGUCUUCUUCUAUCACCAAGUUCCUCAAAGAAAACAUCAACGACUCGGAUUUGCCCUUGGUCAGAGUCAGCAACCCAACGAGACCUGGCGAAUACGAUUUACGUUGUUCGAGGGAGCGGGACAAACAGCUCAAGUGUUUCCGAGGGAGCUGGUCGCCUCUACAGAUUCGGAAUUUCGCAUCGUGGCAAUUCGUCACUCUGGCCCCUUUUUUCGCCAAAAGCGAGCUGUACAAGGAAGUCGAGCACUAUGUUCUACAAGACGGGAUCAUCAUGCCUUUUCUGACGGACCCGAACAAGCAAGCCAUAUCCAACGAUCCCUUUGUCGAUAGUCAGCAGGAAGAGCUGUUGGGUGGUGGAGGUCGGGUGUUCAGGGCCAUCCUUCACCCUGAUCAUCAUAGCUUUCACAAGAGUUUCAAGUGUCCUCGAGAACCAUCAUGCAUCUGCACCUUCGCCAUCAAACGUCUCCAUUCCCAAAAUAAAGAUCACUUCAAAAGAGAAGUUGACAUGCUGAAGAAGUUCAGCAACUUUGCACACCCACAUCUCAUAUCCCUACUAGCCACCUAUGAACAGCGAAACAGUUUCUUCCUGAUCUUCCCCUGCGCCAAAUCCGACCUACUUUCUUACUGGGAAAAGUUCGAGGCCAGCCCAAAAAUGGACCACGGCACUGUGAAAUGGGUGGCACAUCAGUGCAAAGGAAUUGCAAGCGGUGUGUUGAAGAUUCACGAGUAUUCAAGCACCAACUCAAAGCUGGGCAACACCCUGAAGCCAGGUCCACGGGAACCAUUUGGCCAUCAUGGGGACAUCAAGCCACAGAAUGUGCUGGUCUUUUUAGACAAUGCUCAAGAUGGCCCAACUCAGAAUCAUUGUUCCACAUGGAAGAGUCGAGGUACCCUCAAGCUCACAGACUUUGGCCUGGCUUCCACAUCUUCUCAUCGCACCAUAUCCCGAAAGCCACUCUCUCAUGUCGGAAUGACCUACAACUAUCGAGCACCCGAGUGCGAUCUUCCUUCCAACCAAGAUCCAAAAGGCCGCCAGUACGAUAUGUGGACGCUUGGAUGUUUGUACCUAGAGUUUGUCACUUGGCUCAUGGGAGGGAAAAAGCUCCUCGACGAAUUCACACAGCUUAGAGCAGGGCCCUUUAGCGCUGAAAGUCUGAAGCACAGAACAAAACUGGACAUCUUGUACGGUGGUGGUCUCAUUCCACCUGAGAUCACCAGCGAUGCCUUCUUCAUGAUCGAGGAGGACCACAGCAUGGAAGGGCAGAAAAGAGGGGGUCUCAAGGGAAUAGUCAAGCCGGCUGUCACCGAGUUCAUCAAGAGACUACACGCCAACCCAGCAUGCACCGGGUUUUUGCAUGAUUUCUUGGAUAUGAUACAAGAUGGACUACUGGUCGUCAAGCAGUGCGACCCAGGGAAGCUGGACAGGUACGAGAUUCAGCAGGUCUACGGCAAGCUCAGCAAGAUGGAGCAGGAGUGUGAGAAGUGGGAGUACAGCUGCGGACCAGCGUCGAGGUGAUGGGGGGGCAAAUCAGCAAGUGCAAAGGAUCAAUGGGUAAUAACAUUUAUCUGAUAAUAAUCAUUCUUUCCAA